UAGAACAGAGGCUUCUACUUAUAGAUGCUACAACGCUCGAACAACAUGGCAGUGUUAGGACCCAUAAGCAACGAGAACACGUAACCAGAAACACUACACUGGAAGUUUUUGAUAUGUGAAAACGGUCAGCAUUUUAUCAACAAAAGCCAAAAGUACACAAGAACUAACAAAAUGACGUCUUUCAUGGAGAGAAACAGUAGCCUAUACAGAGGCGAAUUAGACUCCGAAGAUGACUUCGGCAUCCCUCCGAGUCCCGACGGACGGCGACUAACACUCGACUACGCUGAGGACCCAGAAGAAGAGUUUAAAUUGCACGAAAACCGCUGUGGGUGCUGUCAGUGCACGCCUGACUGUUGCCAAUGUUUCGCAAACCCUGCCUUGUUUUCUGUCGUCUGGACUUUUGCUAUAACCCUAUGUAACCUAUGGCUAGGGUACACGCAAGGGAUCCUAACAACUGUCGAAAAAGUUUUCGACUUGGAGAGUAAACUGUCAGGGUUCAUAUACGGCUCCAACGAUCUAGGCUUCGUCAGCAUGAUCCUUUUAGUGUCGUAUUUUGGCGGGAAACCGAACGCUCACAGACCAAAGAUGAUCGCUAUCGGGAUCAUCAUCAUGGCGCUGUCGUGCUUUUUCUUCGCGCUUCCUCAUUUCGGGACGGGAGGGGAGAGGUACUGGUACAAGAUACAGCUCAAGGAGAGGACGAGCGGGAUUUCCUCGCUGCUGUGUCGGGCGGCCAAACAGUCGAACGAGACGGUGGAGAUGGAGUGCGACGCGAGGCAGAGGCUGAAGUCAGGAGGGUGGGUCAUCACCAUGGUGAUCGCGCAGUUCAUUUCCGGGAUGGGGGAGGCGCCGCUGCUUCCUCUGGGAACAACGUAUCUGGACGAUCACGUGUCCAAACUGAACUCAGUCCUGUAUAUUGGUCUGUCCCUGAUCCUGCCCAACACCGGCCAGCCCCUCGGCCUGCUGCUCAGUUCCUACACACUCAGGUAUCACGUCAACUGGCCGUUCGCAGACUCCACACGUGUAGGUAAGGCAAACUCUGUUUCUAGCUCCUACACACUCAGGUAUCACGUCAACUGGCCGUUCGCAGACUCCACACGUGUAGGUAUUGAUUACGAGGACCCGCGGUGGAUCGGCGCGUGGUGGCUCGGCUUCGUGCCCAUCGGCCUGGCCUUCCUGCUCACCGCCGUGCCCAUGAUGUGCUUCCCGCGGAAGAUGAGGCACACGCACACCGAGGAAGUAGUGUUCAAGGAGCCGGACGAGGACGAUCCGCUGGAGGAUAUAGAGAACGUGGAGGGACAGCUCAUUAAAUUCGAUGACAUCCCAGGUCUUAAGCGCCUGAUGAGGAACCUGAUGACGAACAUGGUGUACAUCACCCUGGUGCUGGCGGCGGCGUGCGUCCUGUCCAUCGGGAACGGCUUCGUCACCUUCCUGCCCAAGUACAUCAGCGUGCAGUUCGGACUGUCCACGUCUGCAGCUGCCAGGCUUCUCGGUUUUACAGUGUUACCAGCCGCUAUGCUGGGUACCGUGGCCUCCACCGUGGUGAUGCGGGUGUGGCACAUCUCUGACCGGGGCAUGGUCCUGCUGUGCGCCGCCAUCAGCUUCGUCCUCUGCCUGCUGACCAUCCCGGCCAUGGGCCUGUUCUGUGACCAGCAGCCUUUCGCCGGACUGACCACGUCAUACCAUGGAAAAUGGCACCGCCCCAGGUUUAACUUCCUGAACUUCCAUACGUACGCUCCCUUGAUAGAGGACGAGUGUAACCAGGCCUGUCACUGUCUGGACGAGGAGUUCGCUCCCGUCUGUGGCGCCAAUGACGUCACCUACUUCUCCCCGUGCUACGCCGGCUGCAAGGAUCGCACCAAAGUGUCCAACACGUCAGAACUGGAGAUAUUUGUGUACUCCCACUGCGCAUGCGUGCACCACGGCGUGAUCCCAUUGGAGGGCAGACGGUACAGCGGCUCCUACGCAGAGAGUAACCAGUGCCCGGAUGAAGACUGCACCAGUGACGUGUUUCUGGUCUUCCUGCUCUUCAUCACGGCAUUCAUCAUGACCUUCUUCGUCACGCCGUUCAUGAUCGCGAUUCUAAGGUCGGUUGGUACCAAUGAGGGACCGAUGGCAUUUGGUGCAGCCGGGUUCUUUGGUCGUAUACUUGGCGGUCUGCUCGCUCCGGUGAUAUUCGGCGCGGUGAUUGACGUGUCCUGUAUCAUCUUCGCUAAGCGGUGCGGCCGGACGGAGGGGGAGUGUCUCCUGUAUGACGUGGACGCUAACCGCUACCUGACCAUCGGGCUGACCGGGAUUUACUUCUGGAUCAGCUUCAUGCUACUGUCGGCAGGAUGGGUUGUGUUUGAGAGGGGGCGGGGCAACUCGAGCAAAUAUAAGUAGUUCUGUUGACUUGUUGCCUCUACCAGGCUCCAAACGUCGCUGGAAAUAUAGUGGAAAUUGUCCAAAUAAGACAAAAAACACCCCAAAGGAGUUAGAUCGCCGAGGAAUACCUUGGGUCGUUUUCCUCGGACAUCUAACUUCUCUGGCGUGUUUUCUGUCUUAUUUGGACAAUUUCUGCUACUUUUUGCAGUGACCUGUGGAACCUAGUAGAGACUAGUUAACACGUAGGGAUGGCAUUGUUAAACGCUUGUUCAUAUUUCUUCACAGGGUAACCUAUAUCCGUUCUUUUUAAAAACAGAUCAUAUUGAUAGGGGUAUCUAGUCGACGGACGGUGGUUUCAAACAGCAAUAUUUUGAAAAUACAAAUGUAUUCCAAUUUGAAACCACCGUCCCUCGAUUUGAAUUCCUUUAAUACCCAUUUAAAGAUUACAACGGAUAUAGGUUACUUCGCGAAUAAAAGUGAACUAGCGUCAACGUUACGUUAUAUGGCUCACUUACGCACAUGUAAAAGGGACAUGAAAAAGGUGCUGAUAUUCAGCAUAUGAUAAAAACUCAGCCCAAGAGGACUCAGAGGAUCGAUAGAAUAUUGUCUGUGUAGACAGGUGGUCACCUUGGACAUGGUCAAUGGAAAACUAUCUAAGGGACCAUCAAAAAGUGGUCACAUUGGCGAGAUGGUCUUUAGGUAGAACUAGCCACUUGAACAGGUUUGACGUUACCUAUAGCUUAUAAGUGCUGAUGUGAGCGAUUGCAAUAACAUAUAUCAGGGAACUCUUAUACGUGAAUUUAAUAGAUAAAGAAAAAAGAUGAAAUGAGGUAUGGUGAAAAGCAAUCAUAGAAUAACCAGAUAAAGUCAAUUAGAUAAAUGUGCUUUCCUAUAUUUACUAACAUAUAUAGAAACAGGUCUGAAUGUACUGUGUUUCUCAGCAUUGCUAAUAAGGAAAGGCACAGCUCGUUUGGUCUCAGCAGUAGGAUACUGUACUUGUUUGGUUUUGUGUGCUGUAUUCUUUAUAUCUUAAUAAAU